AUGGAAAGGACAAAUGAGACCACUGUGACAAAAUUCAUUCUCAAGGGCUUCUCAGAUAUUCUUGAACUAAGACUCCUUAGCGCUGCAUUUAUACUUUUCAUCUAUCUCUUUGCUCUGUUGGGAAACCUCUCCAUCAUUGCAGCUGUGACCAGAGACAGUCGCCUCCACACUCCCAUGUACUUCUUCCUAAAGAAUCUGUCUUUCUUGGAUAUGUGCUAUACCUCAGUCAUCAUCCCCAAGGCACUGAUCAACUCACUCGUGGGCUCAGGAGUCAUUUCCUUUUGGGAAUGUGUAGCUCAGCUCUUCUUGUUUGUAAUGUUGUGUGCAUCUGAGUGCUUUUUGCUCACAUCCAUGGCAUAUGACCGCUGUCUGACCAUCCACAGGCCCCUUCUCUAUGGGGUCAUUAUGAGUAGAAAGUUGUGCACAGAGCUUGUUAUUGUAGCCUGGUUGAAUGGAGCUCUCUAUGCCAUCUUUCACACAAUCAACACCUUUUCUCUCCAGUUCUGUGGGCCCAACGUCAUUGAUCACUUCUUCUGUGACAUCUCCCCUAUCAUGAGACUCUCUUGCAGUGAUUAUCACACCAAUGAAGAAAUUGGAUUUGUAGUGGGUGGGUGCAUGAUUCUUGGUGCCUUUUUCCUCACCAUAAUUUCCUAUGUUCUCAUCAUUUCCACCAUAGUUCAGAUCCACUCUGCUGAUGGCCGUUGGAAGGCUUUCUCCACCUGCUCAUCUCACCUGGCCACUAUCAUCCUGUUUUAUUUCAGUGGGAGCUUAGCUUACCUGAGUCCUGCUUCCCAUUACUCUCCCACGCAAGGGCGGCUAGUGUCUGUGUUUUACUCCAUUAUCACACCCAGCCUCAACCCUGUUGUCUACUGUCUGAGGAAUAUGGAUAUGCAGGCGGCCUUGAAAAAAAUAUUUGUUCCAUCCAAAUAA